UUCGCCCCGUCGGCCAGAAGCGAAGGGUGGGAUUGACUGACCGACGGCAUCACGGCAUCUGGGUUUUAGUCAGGCAGUACGGCGGGCGCCUGGCAGAGACCAGGCUGCAGGGAGAAAAGUCCUUUUCUUGGCUGUCCCCACUUGAAGCGGUUCCCACUUUCGUCUUCUGCUCAAGAUGGUGGCGUCCCGGGCAAUUGGCAGCCUCAGGCGCUUCACUGCCUCUAGGACUCUCCGUUCCCCAGGUUAUUUUUGCCGCAACUUUACAGGAUCGCCUGCUUUGAUGGGCAGGACUCAUAUUAACUAUGGAGUCAAAGGGGAUGUGGCAGUUGUUCGAAUUAACUCACCCAAUUCAAAGGUAAAUACACUGAAUAGAGAACUGCAGUCAGAGUUCGUAGAAGUGAUGAAUGAAAUCUGGGCUAGUGAUCAAAUCAGAAGCGCUGUUGUUAUCUCAUCAAAACCAGGCUGCUUUAUUGCAGGUGCUGAUCUCAACAUGUUAGCCGCUUGCAAGACCGCUCAAGAAGUAACACAGUUAUCACAGGAAGGACAGAAAAUGUUUGAGAAACUUGAGAAGUCCACAAAGCCUAUUGUGGCUGCCAUCAGUGGAACCUGCUUUGGAGGAGGACUUGAGCUUGCCAUUUCAUGCCAAUACAGAAUAGCAACAAAAGAUAGAAAAACAGUAUUAGGUUCUCCUGAAGUUCUGCUGGGGAUAUUACCAGGAGCAGGAGGCACACAAAGGCUCCCCAAAAUGUUGGGUGUGCCUGCUGCUUUUGACAUGAUGCUGACUGGUAGAAAUAUUCGUGCAGACAGAGCAAAGAAAAUGGGGCUAGUUGACCAAUUGGUGGAACCCUUGGGACCAGGAGUAAAACCUCCAGAGGAGCGGACAAUUGAAUACCUAGAAGAAGUUGCAGUUACAUUUGCGAAAGAUCUAGCUGAUAAGAAGAUUUCUCCCAAGAGAGACAAGGGACUGAUGGAAAAACUGACAUCGUAUGCGAUGACUAUUCCAUUUAUCAGGCAACAGAUUUACAAAAAGGUGGAAGAAAAAGUACGAAAGCAGACCAAAGGCCUUUAUCCUGCACCUCUGAAAAUAAUUGAUGUCGUAAAGACUGGAAUUGAACAAGGAAAUGAGGCUGGCUAUCUCUCUGAAUCUCAGCAAUUUGGAGAGCUUGCAAUGACCAAAGAAUCCAAGGCUUUGAUGGGACUUUACUAUGGCCAGGUCCUGUGCAAGAAGAAUAAAUUUGGAGCUCCUCAGAAGGAUGUUAAACAUCUGGCUGUUCUUGGUGCAGGGCUGAUGGGAGCCGGCAUUGCCCAAGUCUCCGUGGAUAAGGGGUUAACAACCAUCCUGAAGGAUACUACACUAGCCGCGCUGGGCCGAGGACAGCAGCAGGUGUUCAAAGGAUUGAAUGAUAAGGUGAAGAAAAAAGUGCUGACAUCAUUUGAAAGGGACUCCAAUUUCAGCAACUUGACUGGACAGCUCGAUUACCAGGGUUUUGAAAAGGCAGACAUGGUGAUUGAAGCUGUGUUUGAGGAUCUCAGCCUCAAGCACCGAGUGCUAAAGGAGGUAGAAGCGGUGAUUCCAGAUCACUGUAUCUUUGCCAGUAACACAUCUGCUCUCCCAAUCAGAGAAAUUGCUGCUGUCAGCAAAAGACCUGAGAAGGUGAUUGGCAUGCACUACUUCUCUCCUGUGGACAAGAUGCAGCUGCUGGAAAUUAUCACAACCGAAAAGACUUCUAAGGACACAACGGCUUCAGCUGUAGCAGUUGGUCUCAAGCAGGGGAAGGUCAUCAUUGUGGUUAAGGACGGCCCUGGCUUCUAUACCACCAGGUGUCUUGCCCCCAUGAUGUCUGAAGUCAUCCGGAUUCUCCAGGAAGGAGCUGACGCAAAGAAACUGGAUUUCCUCACCACAAGUUUUGGGUUUCCUGUGGGUGCUGCCACCCUGGUGGAUGAAGUUGGUGUGGAUGUAGCUAAACAUGUAGCUGAAGAUCUAGGCAAAGCCUUUGGGGAGCGGUUUGGAGGUGGAAGCCUAGAACUGCUGCAUCAGAUGGUAUCCAAGGGCUUCCUGGGUCGCAAGUCUGGGAAGGGCUUUUAUAUCUACCAAGAGGGUACGAAGAAAAGGAAUUUGAAUUCUGAAAUGGAUGGUAUUUUGUCAAGUCUGAAGAUGCCUCCUAAGUCUGAGGUCUCCUCUGAUGAAGACAUCCAGUUCCGCCUGGUGACAAGAUUUGUAAACGAGGCAGUCAUGUGCCUGCAGGAAGGGAUCCUGGCCACGCCUGCAGAAGGAGACAUUGGCGCAGUCUUUGGGCUCGGCUUCCCCCCUUGUCUUGGAGGGCCCUUCCGCUUUGUGGAUCUGUACGGUGCUCAGAAGGUUGUGGACCGGCUCAGGAAGUACGAGGCUGCCUAUGGGAACCAAUUCACCCCGUGCCAGCUGCUAAUUGACCAUGCUAACAGCCCUAACAAGAAGUUUUACCAGUGAGCGGGCCUUGUGCCUUGCUCAGUAAGCGCACUAACCCCUGGCUGCAGACAGCGCUGGGCCUCCAUCAUAGUGGCAUCUAGUUAUCUCUGAGUCACCAGAAGGAAAACCAACACUGGCAUCAGGUUUGCUCCUUGAUUAAAGUGCCUUCAGCCAUGACCAUCUUUCCAUCCUGGUGAAGUCUGACUGUGAAUCAGAUUUUGCACUUCAUCUUGGAAGGUGGAACCCACUGUGCUCGUGGUAUCAUGAGUCCCAAGGCCAAAGUGGCGGCAUCUCUGGGGCCAUCUUCGCUGCCUGUUCCUUCCCAGGAGGCCAUUGGCAGCGAGGGCAAUUCUGCAUCCAGCCAAACACCUGGUAACAAUAAAGCCAAGCUCUACAAGCCUC